AUGCUUUUGCUAAGCUUUCUUCUCUCUGCAGCUGCAGCUGCAGCUCUCCCUACUCCUGAUAGCUCUGAGGGAAACCAAUCUCAACCCUUCUCUCAGAAUGGACUUGCACCUUGGAACGCUGGUGCAGUGAAUCAAUUCCCGAUCCAUUCUAGCUGCAACGCAACCCAGCGUCGCCAGAUUGAGCUUGGCUUGAAUGAGACCAUCACUCUGGCUGAACAUGCCAAGAACCAUAUCUUGAGAUGGAGCAAUGAAAGCGCAAUUUACAAGAAGUAUUUCGGCGACAGUCCCACUAUGGAAGCCGUCGGUGCAUUUGAUGUCGUGGUCAAUGGCGACAAGAAGGAUGUCUUGUUCAGAUGUGACAAUCCAGACGGGAACUGUGAUAUCGAAGGUUAUGCCGGACACUGGCGAGGCGAAAAUGCCACGGACGAGACCGUCAUCUGCGAUCUAAGCUACGAGACCCGUCGCUCCCUGUCAACAAUGUGUGGCCUUGGUUACACAGUUUCGGGAUCGGAAACAAACACCUUCUGGGCAUCCGACCUCCUGCACCGCCUAUACCAUGUCCCCGCGAUAGGUCAGAACUGGAUUGACCACUUCGCGGGUGAAUACGAAGAGGUCAUUGAUCAGGCCAAGAAGAAUGCUACUCUCUCCACCCACGAUACCCACACUCUUCAAUACUUUGCGCUGGAGGUUUAUGCCAAUGAUAUCGCUGUCCCAGGGGUUGGGUGCCCGGGCGCCCAACACGAGCACGAGGAGAGCCACGAUGAAGCGACUGCAACUGCAACUGCAACCGCAACCACUGCCGAUAAGCCUACUUCUACAGCAGAUGUUCCCGCGGUAUGUGAUUAUGUUGACUUUGGCAUGGUUGACCAAGACUAA